AACCUUUCUUAUAUUUCCUCCAUCCACUCUUCUCAACAUGGAGUCAUCCAAACUAUCAUCUCUUUCUCUCUGUUUCAUUCUCAUUUGCAUUAUCUUCUUUCCCCAACAAUCCUUCUCAUGUGGCUCCUGCAACCACAGGAAGGGUGGAAAACCCUCCAUUAAACCCCCUGUAACUGUUCCCAAGCUACCCGUUCCUCCAGUGACUGUUCCCAAGCUACCCGUUCCUCCAGUGACUGUCCCUAAGCUUCCAGUUCCUCCGGUGACAGUUCCGAAGCUACCUGUUCCUCCAGUGACCGUACCUAAGCUUCCAGUUCCUCCGGUGACAGUCCCAAAGCUACCUGUACCUCCAGUGACCGUCCCAGAACUACCACUUCCUCCGGUAGGAGGGCUACCCAUACCUCCGGUGGGAGGGCUACCCAUACCUCCGGUGGGAGGGCUACCCAUACCUCCGGUGGGAGGGCUACCCACAUUGCCACUGCCACCAUUGCCGAUUGUGGGUCCUCUUCUUCCUCCGGGGACAAACCCUCCUACUCCAGGAGGAAAAGAUUGCCCUCCACCCCCGGGUAGCCAUAAGCCUCCAUCAGGCACUGGGAAGGCGACAUGUCCAAUAGACACGCUGAAGUUGGGGGCGUGUGUUGACUUGUUGGGAGGUUUAGUAAAGAUAGGGCUUGGAGACCCAGCAGCUAACAAAUGCUGUCCCCUACUUAAGGGCCUCGUUGAAGUUGAAGCCGCAGCUUGUCUCUGCACUACACUUAAGCUUAAAGCUCUUAACCUUAAGCUGUACGUCCCAGUUGCUCUUCAGCUUCUUCUUACCUGUGGCAAAAACCCACCUCCGGGCUACACUUGCUCCAUCUGAGAAAUUUAGUCCAGUUAAAGGAUAACUUGGAGAAAAAAGUGAGAAGACAAUGGCAGAGCUCGAGUUUUUCCUUUCACCUGUAUUAAUCAUGUCAAAUCCUUUCCCUUUGAUUCUUUCACAUAUCUAUCCUUGCUGCUUGUAUUGUUGUGGUUUUAGAUUAAUGAUUCUUCUCUUGUAUGAAAGUACGAUUUGAAAUUAUUUUCUUUUUCACGAAUGAA